AUGGGUAACGAACCUUUAUACUAUGCCUUGAUCUAUCUAUCUCAUUCGGUACAUAUCUUUAUCUAUCUAUCUAUCUAUCUAUCUAUCUAUCUAUCUAUCUAUCUAUCUAUCUCAGUCUAUUCGUAUCUAUCUAUCUAUCUAUCUAUCUAUCUAUCAAUGUCUUUUCAUAUCUCUCUAGGCUGUUUAUAUCUAUCUGUGCUUGCUCGAUUUUUUUUGUGCUUGUUUAUGUCUAUCUAUCUAUCUAUCUAUCUAUCUAUCUAUCUAUCUAUCUAUCUGUUAUCAUAUUUAUUUAUAUCUAUCUAUCUAUCUAUCUAUCUAUCUAUCUAUCUAUCUAUCUCAGUCUGUUCAUAUCUGUCUAUCGAUCGACUGAUCGAACAUACCAAUUCAUAUCUAUUUGUCUAUCGAUCGAUCGACCAUACCUAUUCAUAUCUAUCUAUCUAUCUAUCUAUCUAUCUAUCUAUCUUGUCUAUUCACAUGAUCUAUGAGAUUUCUACGAUGGGAGAAGCUUCGUUGAAAGACACAAUUGGGUCCCAGACUGACCGAAUACUUCUUUCUUGA